AUGGAUAUGCUAGAAAAUAAUGGUGCUGCAAUGUGUCAGUCAAAUAUUCCAUCUACCAAUGAAGUUGAUGACAAACAGAAUGGAAUGUCAAUUGCAGAUGUCCUUCGACAAACAGCAAAUGAGUUUCUAUGUAACAAAUAUCUUCAAGGUUUUGAAUUCAUUCAAGAUUACAAAUUGUACUAUAAUCCGAUCACUGGCUAUUUUUAUGAUCAAGAUACAGCCUUGUUCUAUCAUCCAUCAACCAACUGUUAUUAUUACUAUGAUACUGAAACGGAUAAUUAUGUAUAUUACUCGCGACCUCCUUGUAAACAUCACUGGUUUGACAAGUUAGCUGAAAGGAAAGCGUUCACAUUAUUAGGUGAUUCAUAUGUUAAUGGUAUGUCCCAAGAUGAAGUAGAUGUUUUUGAAUGCCUGUAUUCAUUACUGAAAGACGUUUCGAAAUUGGUUGACUGUGAGACCUUUGAAAACGAUAUUCUGGAUGAUGAAAUAAGUAUUCACAUUCAAGAGGAAAGAAUAGACUAUGCGCCUUGCGUUCGAAUUAUUGAAAAAGACAGUGGUGCGUUAAAUGUUGUAACUAUUGUUGGUGCUAGAAUUGGAACAACCUCUGAUAGCGAUAUCCAGCUCUCUUCGCAAACGCAUUCUACUGAUGAGCUCAGUGCCGUAAUUCGUUAUGAUGAAACCAAACAAAGAUAUUUAAUCAUGAUUGAAAAAGGGGGGUCAAGUAUAUUUCAUAAUGGAUCGAUGCUUACUACAUACGAAGAAGUGGUUAUAGAUCAUGGUGACGAAUGGCAGUUUGGAGAACAAAAAAUAGCGACUCACAUUCACUACGGUACGAAUACAUGUGGUACCUGUGAACCUGGUUUAUUAAGAAACACUCUUUCAACUUCGUCAGUUGAUGCUCAUUGUUACCAUCCAGUGCGGGAUAUUUCAAAGGAAAAGUUAAGGAGGAUAAAUUUGCGCAAUAUGAAAAAAGAAUAUGGAAUAUUUGAUAAUGAACACCGAUAUCAAUACAAGUAUCAAAAAAAAGAGCAUAAUUCUUCAAAUAUGGUAAUGCAAACUAGUGGUCGGCAAGUGUGUGCUAAUUUCUCAGCUCAGUCGUCACUCACUGUAAACGAAGCUCCAUCACCAUCACUGAAAGUACUGGAUGAAAGCAACCGUGGGUUUAAUUUGCUCCAGCGAAUGGGUUGGAAACAAGGUUCGGGUUUGGGUCGAAGAGAAGAUGGCAUAACAGAACCAGUGAUUAGUGAGGUUCGUACUGCUCGUGCUGGUCUUGGGUCGCAGAAAGAGAUGAAGCUUCCAGUAUCGGAGAGGCAUUUUAGCAAACAACACGUUCUAGAAAUUACUCGACAGCGUUUCCAAAGAUCUCAGAUUGUUCUUGAUGAAAAGUGUGAUAAAAUAUAG